GCAAGGACUCAAACCGUCCGCAUUUGCAUCAGUGGAAGGACAGAGAGCGGUGGCGCACGGAGAGACGGAGGAGGAGAAACUUACAUUAAAGAAAAAAACAGCUUUAUUUAAAACCGAUCAUAUUGUGUCUCUGGGAAAGUGCUUCAUCCCGUUUUCCUCUCUCGGUGGUCGGGACUUGAGUUGUGACAGUGCUGACUGAGAAGCAGACACGGAGGGAGACCCGGAGAGAUCAGCGGGCAAGAGGCUUGUCAGUACGCGGAGAGGAGAGCGUGUCUCUGGGCAUCUGCUGCGCGUCUUUGCGCGGACCCGGACGGACUCUGCUGUAGGGGUUUAUUUAUUUAUUAAAGAAGGUGGACCCUUGGGAUGAAAUAAAUUGAUUUGUCUUUCAUUGUGGAGCUCUAGAGAAGAGCUGGUGACAUUUGGAAGAGAUUCGGAAGAAGCCUGUCGGACUCUGCUUCACGCAUGUUGGAAGUGGAGAGAGGAGGGCUGGAUGCCUGCGGGUUUGCAAGUCCUCAAGACACAGACAAGGAUUACAUCUCGCCCGGGCAUCAUCUGAAGGAGUAGGGACGCAAGGUGGAGGCGGGGUGGCUCUUUUCUUUCCGGAGUGGAUAUGGCACGGUCGGUGCUGGAAAGAGGAGAGCAGCCGGCACGGGCGAGAGAAAGCAGGAGCUGAGUGUCAGGAUGCCAGCGACCUGAGCACGCAUUCGGAUCACUCCCAACUUUACCAGAAAAAGAAGCUUUUGUUUUUUAUUCUGUCGAAUUGAAGGAGAGAAGAAGAAAACCAGUUAAACAAUCUUUUGAAAGAGUUUCACCUUGGAGUGUUUUUCUUUUUGAACGCGUAAUUUUCUGUUUUAUUUGGGUGAUAAAACAAGGAUGCAUUGUGGAUUAGUUUUUCUCCUGUUCAUGGGAAUCCUCCUGGUGGUCAAGGCUUUCAAAAACGAUAAAUGUGGAGGCAACAUCAGAAUCUCAACCGCCAGCUACCUCACUUCGCCGGGAUACCCCAUGUCUUACCCCCCCAGUCAGAAAUGCAUGUGGGUGAUCUCGGCGCCUGGUCCUCACCAGCGGAUUCUCAUCAACUUCAACCCGCAUUUUGAUCUGGAGGACCGGGAGUGCAAGUAUGACUAUGUGGAGGUGCGAGAUGGCGUGGAUGAAAGCGGUCAGCUGGUGGGGAAAUACUGUGGGAAGAUCGCCCCCUCUCCGGUCGUCUCUUCCGGAAACCAGCUCUUCAUUAAGUUUGUGUCUGACUAUGAGACCCACGGGGCAGGUUUCUCCAUCCGAUACGAGAUCUUUAAGACAGGUCCUGAAUGCUCCAGGAACUUCACCUCCAACAGCGGAGUCAUAAAGUCGCCUGGAUUCCCAGAGAAGUACCCCAACAACCUGGACUGCACUUUCAUGAUCUUUGCCCCAAAGAAGUCAGAAAUCAUUUUGGAGUUUGAGAGCUUUGAGCUGGAGCCUGACACGACGCCCCCUACUGGUGUGUUUUGCCGCUACGACCGACUGGAGAUCUGGGAUGGCUUCCCUGGAGUUGGGCCUUACGUCGGAAGGUACUGUGGACAGAACACCCCGGGCAGGAUCAUCUCUUACACUGGCAUUUUGGCACUGACAAUCAACACUGACAGUGCCAUAGCAAAGGAAGGAUUUUCUGCCAACUUUACGGUUAUCGAAAGGACCGUUCCAGAAGACUUUGACUGCAGCGACCCUUUGGGAAUGGAAUCGGGAGAGAUAACAUCAGACCAAAUCAUAGCUUCAUCCCAGUACAACCCCAGCUGGUCCCCAGAGCGCUCUCGCCUCAACUACUAUGAAAAUGCAUGGACUCCGGCAGAAGACUCCAACAAGGAGUGGAUCCAGGUGGACUUUGGCUUUUUACGGUUUGUCUCAGCUGUCGGUACCCAGGGUGCCAUUUCCCAGGAGACCCGGAGGAUUUACUUUGUCAAGUCCUACAAAGUAGACGUCAGCUCGAAUGGAGAGGACUGGAUUACUCUGAAAGAAGGAUCAAAACAGAAGGUAUUCCAAGGCAACACCAACCCUACCGACGUUACCAAGACGAUGUUUCCCAAACCCACGCUGACACGCUUUGUCCGGAUCCGUCCGGUCACCUGGGAAACUGGCAUUGCACUGCGCUUCGAAGUGUACGGCUGUAAGAUAUCAGAGUAUCCGUGUUCAGGAAUGCUGGGCAUGGUGUCAGGUUUGAUCACAGACAACCAGAUCAGCGCCUCCUCCCAUACGGACCGGAGCUGGGUACCGGAGAACGCCCGGCUGCUGACCAGCAGGAUGGGCUGGACCCUGCUGCCCCAGCCACAGACCUUCACCAACGAGUGGCUGCAGGUCGAUCUUGGUGAGGAAAAGCUGGUGAAGGGGUUGAUCAUCCAGGGGGGGAAGCUUCGCGAGAACAAGGUCUUCAUGAAGAAGUUCCGUCUUGGAUACAGUAACAACGGAUCCGACUGGAGGAUGGUGUAUGACGCCAACGUAAACAAGCCAAAGAUAUUUGAAGGCAACAGCAAUUACGACACCCCUGAACUGAGGACGGUGGAGCCUCUGCUGAGCCGUUUCAUCAGGAUUUAUCCAGAGAGGGCCACUCCUUUCGGGAUGGGUCUGCGACUUGAACUUGUGGGCUGUGAGAUUGAAGCUCCCACUUCUCCCCCCACCACACUGGCCCCCAGCACCACCCCGUCAGACGAGUGUGACGACGACCAGGCGAGCUGCCACAGCGGCACAGGUGAUGACUACGACAUGACAGGUGGUACCAUGAUGCCAGGGACCACCACUGCUGAAGCGGAUACCAUCCCUGCUUUUCUGUGGUUUGCCUGUGACUUCGGCUGGGCCAAUGAUCCGUCCUUCUGCAGCUGGGUAUCAGAGGAUACUGGUUCCAGGUGGCAGAUCCAGUCCAGCGGCACCCCAACUCUCAACACUGGACCCAACAUGGACCACACAGGUGGAUCGGGGAAUUUCAUCUACACCUUAGCAACUGGUCUCCAGGAGACCGAGGUGGCUCGACUGGUGAGUCCGGUGGUCAGUUCCCCAGAUUCUGACCUAUGUGUGUCCUUUUGGUACCACAUGUUCGGGUCGCGCAUCGGCACGUUGCAUAUCAAACAACGGAAACAGACGCUGGAUGGGCCGGCUGACAUCCUGCUAUGGACAGUCAGUGGUCACCAAGGCAACCGCUGGAGGGAAGGCCGUGUUCUUGUGCCUCGCACCAACAAACCAUAUCAGGUGGUGAUUGAAGGUGUUGUGGAAAGAAAAAGCUGGGGAGACAUCGCUGUGGAUGACAUUAAGGUGCUCAAUGGACUCAGUAUGCAAGAUUGCAAAGAUCCUGACGUGCCGACUGAGCCCAUGCUACCUGAGGAUAGAUUCAACGAAAUCCUUGAGGGAAUCACAGAAUAUCCAGACUUUGUAGAGAGCAACCAGAUCAGUGGAGCGGGCAACAUGCUGAAGACACUCGACCCCAUCCUCAUUACCAUUAUCGCCAUGUCGGCCCUGGGGGUCUUCCUGGGGGCCAUCUGCGGGGUGGUUUUGUACUGCGCCUGCUCGCAUGGAGCCAUGUCAGAGAGGAACUUAUCAGCCCUGGAGAACUAUAACUUUGAACUGGUGGAUGGUGUCAAGCUAAAAAAAGACAAACUCAACGUACAGAGCUCAUAUACAGAGGCAUGAGAUGCGACUGACUGCAUUUGUGUGACUGGAAGACGGGCAGAGCUCGCACAAGACUGUCUUUAGGCUCUCAUAUAUCUGCGAGCAGGCAGGCUCAACAGGACUGCCAAGACCCUCAACUCACCGGAUGAGGGACAGGUUCAGGAACCAGUGGGAGGUUUGGACUGAUCCACGCUUUUCUCAGGAGCUGCAGUAAAAAGAAUUUACCAGUAGGGGACACUGUGUACAAAUAAAAUACAGGAAAACAAAAUGUACAGAUGAUUUAGAUGAUAUUUUAAUUUUGUAUUAUGAUUUUCAUUCAUUUUUACAAUCGGAUGCUGGUGUUGAGACCAAUUUAUUAAUAAUGUUUAAAGUAUUUAUCAUUUUCUGGGAGAGAAAAGUGUUGUUAUUUUAGUCUCGGUUCAUCAAGGCCGUUUUUAUUGUUUGUUUUCCAAGAAAGAGACGCAACAAAAUCCUAAAUGAACCAUAUCUGGCGAAGCUGUAGAUUUGCCCCGUGGUGUGGCAUACAGAGUACCCAUUAUCCUAACCCAUGUACCCCUUCCCCUUCAACCCCUAUCACUCUAACUUGAGGGUCCCAUUCAUGGCAAUGUAUGGUUCUGACAGUGCCUUUAGUACCUUUUGGUUAGCCUCCACUGUUGAUAUGUAUUUCUUUCCUUUUUCCUAAUUGUACUUAGCUUAAGUUAUGAUGACAGGAAACAGGGGCACAUUACCUUCAAAAUACCUGCUAAACAGGAUAAUAGCUCAUCACAGCGCUUUUUUCUGUUUUCUGUCAAAAAAAACACAAUGUAAAUAAGUUUUAAUAUAUUUUAUUGCCCUUUUUAAAGAAAGUAAAAAGGAAAAAAAAAGCUGCAGUAUCCCUUUUUUCAUGGGUUUGUGUGUGUGUAAAUACGAUCUUCUGACUGUCUUGUGGAAGGUGCAGUGUUGACUUUUUUUUAGAUUAUGUUGCUCAGGCAAGCAGGAUUCUGUGUGAUGAUCAUGUUGCAGCGAUAUCAAUGUGCAUUCAAGUCUUCUGUCACCAAAACACCCACAAAACACACAAAAAACAGCCAAGGAUGAACAAAUCUAAAUGUUAAUGCACAUAAAAAAACUAAUCUCCUAUAAUUUCAUGUCUGACUUUGACUGACUGCUAAGAGAAAUGUGUUCCUAUCAGAUUAUAUCAAAUAUUAGACGUCUGUAAGCAUACCAAAAAAAAAAAAAAAAAAAAACCUACUAAAAAUCAUUGCUUUGCUUUAGUUAGGAGCAAAAAUCGCUCAUUGCCGCCAACGUCACUGUGGAAGCUAUGUGGACAAUGCAGCUUGAAUGCACUUUGUUUUUCGACUCCCUCGUGAUAGAAAUCUGUUGAAAGAGGAGUUAACCCACUAACUGAAGAAUGGUGCUAUCAGUAAUUUAGCCAGACAUGUGUCUCAUGAUCAACCCAGUUUGUGUGGUCCACAUGCGAUAGUGUAGCUUCAGGCCUUUUUACGGCCACAAAGAGUUUUAACCUGUUUCACAUGUAGCAGCCAUAAUGUUGUGAUGUCAGAGCUGAUGUCAUUAGGAUGGGACACCGGUACAGCGGGGGGAUGGAUGGAGUGGCAUCACCUGAAUCAGGUCACCUGGACUCCCUCCGUGGCUUUACCAAAGGAUGGUCACCCCCCAUCCCCUUUUUCGUUGUUUUCUGGGGUCUCUCUCCACAGCUCAUCAGGGCCUGCUGUUUAUUAACGGCUACCUCUUUGCCCUGUCAGAGACCCCCAAGAAGAAACCAAAAGGGAGAUGACCGGACACUUGUAGAGAAGAGCAACAUGUAACAACCUUUUUUUCUAUCUCUUUUUGAUUAAAAAAAUCUAUAAAUAGUUUUAAAAAGGUGCAAAUGUCACCAUGAUGUGAACUCUUCAAGACUCUUGCUUUGGACGGAUGAGACAAUCCCACCGCUACACACUCGAAGGGGAAGGGAUUCAGAGCUCCACAGUAUGAGGACACGGGGGUCCAACGUGUCCAGGAAGUCAAAUCAAUCAUGAACUUGAUCUUUUUUUCUGUGUGCUUUGUAUGUCGUGCCGUGGUGAACAUAUCCUCAGCCGAGGCUUUCAGCUCCAGACGAUGCAGCUGCAGAGAAAAAGGAAACUGUAGCGUGGACUCAAAACAAACUAUGUUGCACUGAGAAAUAUAUUUAAGAGGUUAAAGUGUUUAUUAUGUUCAUUUACAGAAAAAAAAGGAAAAAAACUGAAAGUCAAACACAAAAAAAACACAUGUUCAUUUCAUCUUUUUUAUAUAUAGUUUCAGAUUGUCUCUUAUUACUGAAAUAAUCUGAAACGUAAAAGAUAUUGAGAUGUUUUCAUUACUGAAAAAGACAUAAUAGAUUUUUCAACAGUAAUGUCGCUCUACAUGUACAUCCCAUAAUAUGCUUCGUUUUGUACUGUCAUUCAGAUUUUGUGUAGAUUUUUCCUUCCCUUUUUUUUUUUUUUUUUUACAAGAAGAAAAUAAUAUUUUUUAUUUUCACUACUGCUUCUGUGAUUUGCUGUUGUAGAGAAAAAAAACAGAAUAAACAGCAAAAGCCUUAAAAUGCAUUGGGUAUAAAUGUGUUGUGAUGUAGAUAUUAAACUCCAACAUGUUUCUUUUCCUACUCUGGUGAGGACCCACGUCACGGCCCUGCUGUAAAGGGUUAACCAGACUUUGAAACAUCUGUUUUAAGCACUGAAGUAACAUGAGAGCGGCGCUACAGCAGGACUGUGAUGUAACCAGGAACAUUGUGUCUAGUCUCUGUCUUACAGCCGUUUGCUUUCCAAAGAUACAAUAAAACUUUGUCUUGAUAUGAA